AUGUCUUUCUACGAUGCUGCCCCUUCGCUGUCUCAUCUCUACGUUCAGGGGCCGCCCUGCCUGCGACUAUCGGAGUGGCGCCUCGACGAACUCGCCGUUCUUGCGCCGCCACCCAGUCCCGCACUCUCCGAGUGCGAAAAGCCGUAUCGGUCCCGAAAAUCUAGGACAGCGCCACACGUCAGGGUACAGAUCAAGUCCGACAUCAUGGCGCUUUUCAAGCCAAAGAAUACACGACGAAGCGAGAUAGAGAUGGUCCCAUCCAUCCAGCUAGAGGAAAUGCAGACCCUCGAGGCUGGGACUGUAUCGCCACUGGCACUUGAGGUUUCGUCACCCAUUGAAGGAGAGACUGCGCAAUGGCCGCCCAUUCGGACACCCAAGCCCGUGACGCCACUGCCCCCGCAUAUCGAUCCAUAUCCUGCUCCCAUUGUGUUCAGCCUCGUUGGAGAGCCUCCGGGACGUGGUCUGCCGCUCCUUCUUUUGUAUCUGGACCCCGUGAGAGCCUUGCAGCGGCUGCACCUCCCUGUCGAAGAUAUUUUUGCGCCGUUUGGGUUCUCAAAGGUUCAUAUAUUCUGCAUGUGGCCGGGAAACUCGAAGAUAUACACUGAACGACAGCUUGAAGCAUACAACGAAUCGGGAGGGCCCGUCGUCAGGCUGCAGGUCGUGUUUCUUAUACUGCAAGCUUACGCACACUUGUUUGAGGAAAUCUCACCGAUGCCGAGACUGCCAUCCGAUAUGAUGUCUCUAGAUCGAUUGUGGCUCGUCGCAUUGCAACACGUCGAAGAGAACAAGUUCACGGCAGAAGUCCACUGGCGGUAA